CAGUUAACGGGAAACACGUUUCCACCACGAAUACCACGUCGGUUGCUAGAUCAAAAAAAGUGAGGAUAGAUAUGGUGAAGACCCCUGGGUUAGUGGAAAUUUCGUCGUCAGCCGCUCGAAAAGUCACUUGGUACUUCGCUAAAAAUUUGAAUAAUGUUCAAAAUUACAUCGACUUUCUCCGCCCACUCAAACCGGCUCUGUCAGUAAUACUAAAAACUCGUGUUCAGGAACAUCCAAUAAAAUUUAACUUGAAACUCGAGGGCAUCUAUAACCGACCUAACAUCGCAAACUCGUCCGUAAAUAGAGCGUUUAAAACAUCGGCGGUUGAAGUUUUUUCGGAAAGCAAUAUUGAUGAGAUUAUUGAAAAGGCUUAUAUUAAGUUGCUUUCCGAGGAAGAAACUUAUACCGAUAGAGGAAGCGGGUAUACCAUAGAGUCUAUAGACGGGUUAUUGCUAGGUAUCUAUAAAUAUAUACCGAUGACUACAUCAUCAUAUAUAGAGUUACCGGUAUAUAUAGAUAGGAAACGAGCUACAAUAAAUCCUCAAAACGAUGACCAGAAAUGCUUCAAAUGGGCGAUUUUGGCGAAGCACGUGACUGAGUCAAAUAAACAUCGUGUCGAGGAAAAUUAUAGACAACAAGAGGGUAAAUAUAAUUUUGAAGGUGUAUCGUUCCCGACUCCAAUAUGUGACCUGAAGAAAUUUGAAAAUAAUAAUCCGUACGUCACUGUGAAUGUUUAUGGACUCGAAAAAAAGUUUUAGCCGC